CUGUUAACGUAUUUUUCUCUUUCCCCACGUGGAGUGAACUUUCAACAGCACUCACCAACAUGGCCGCGUGCAGUGUGGAGGAGCUGCUGGUGAGAGCUGCGCAGGAUGAGGCCGAGAAGCUGAAGAGCAUCUCGGUGCAGAAGGAGCUCGAGCUGCACUUUGACAUCGGGAACCUGUUGGCGUGCGACACGAACCGCGUGGAGGUCCGGGACUUCAGGGAGCAGAAGAAAGAAGACUUCCUGCGUUCGUUAGCUCGUGACAACACGCAGCUGCUCAUCAACGAGAUCUGGAAGCGGCCCACGGAGAGGCUCGAGGAGGCGAUAGUGACCAAACUCCCGGAGCCGAUCACCGCGCUGCCCCGGGAGAAGCCCGCGCCGAAGCCCAGAGCGCCCACCAAAUGGGAAGAGUUCGCCAAACUGAAGGGCAUCCAGAAGAAGAAGAAGACCAACCUGGUGUGGGACGAGACGGCCAAGGACUGGAAGAGGCGCUGGGGCUACAAGAGGGCCGGGGACGACACCAAGGAGUGGCUGAUCGAGGUCCCGGAGACCGCGGACCCGCACGAGGACCAGUUCGCUAAGCGCUCCAAAGCGAAGACGGAGAGGGUCGCGAAGAACGAGUUCAACCGGCUGAAGAACAUCGCGAGGGCGCAGAAAGUCAAAUUGCCAGGUGUGGGUCUGACCCCGACACCCCAACAGUCCAAAGAAGACCUGGCCAGAGCCGCCAGCGUGGCCAGGACCUCCACGGCUUCCGCCGGCAGGUUCCAGGACCGCCUGCCCAAAGAGAAGCCCCUGAAGAACACAGGCAAGAAGAGGAAGUUCGAGCCGCUCAUCGGGAACUUCUCCACCGAGAAGCAGAAGCAGCUGGAGCUCCUGAAGCUCAUGGACGGCAAGAGGCCCAAGCUGAACGUCACCAAGGCCGUCAACAAGCAGAUGAGAGAGGAGGACCGAGAGGAGGCCGCAGCCAAGUACAAGAAGAGAGCAGGGAAGAAAGGACGCAAAGGAAGCAUGCCAGGAAAAGCCAAAGGAAAGACUGCAAAAGGAGGGAAAUCAGGAGGGAAAGCAGUAGUGGGGGGGAAGAGGAGAGGCAAGACUGGGAAGCGCUGAGGACUCUGACGUCUGCAUCAAACAUCGACUGGACGGAAUGAUGCAACAUGACUCUGAUGUUGUGACUGUUCAAACUGUCAGCACGUCCUGGAUCACAUUAAAGUCACCGCUUUGUUUUUCUGUUUGAGUUUAUAAAGUCGUUACACCUUCUGUAGCGGACAUCUUUAUGUGACUUGUAAUAAAGUACAAGUGUUACUAAUUCUACAGAAGCUGUACUGAAUCCUUUUAAACUUUAUUCAUAACGUUGUCAUAAACCGAUGAGUCUUGAAACAAUUGUUAGCGUGUUUUACUCCAUUCGGAGGUUUUUUCUCUUUCCUGGACGUAAACCUCGGAGCGGCUUCGCUCCAGUUCUAUCAAAGGUUUGCCUGUCGAGACUGGAGCUUUGAUUCUGAGUGAGCAGUGUCAGCAAUACAAAGCCCACAUUUGCACCUUUUUUAUACACAUUUAGGACACAAUGUAAGUACAAAGCUGUUAGAAAUCCUCAGGACUACUGAGGUUAAUCAGGCGUCUCAUCUGUUUCUGACACGUAAACUUAUAUGUAUGAAAAUAAAAUCCGUUUUCUACGCAGCGAUGGAAGAGUAAGUGCCCGGCUUGAGGAAACGAGAUUUAAGUAUAAGUUAACACUUAUACUUCAAGUUUGACUUUCAUAAAGAUUAAAGUAAAACUGACUGUGUAUGUGUUAACGUUAAUACUUUGAUUUGUCCUCAAAAGUUCAACGUUUAUUCUAAACAUUUGUGCAUUAUUCUUGAAAGGCAAAAUAAAAAUAUUUUUUUUGUAUUUUU